AGGGGGGGAUUACCCAGGGCAGGGAGGGUCCCGGGAGGGUUGGUGGGAGCCGGCCCCUCCGGCACGGGGCACAGCGGGCAGAGAGCAGGGCUGAGCAGGGCGGCGACAUCUGUGGCCCCUUUGUGCCAUGGCAGGGUCAGGCCAUGGCUCUGGUGGCCCCCCACCCUCAUCCCCUCGGUACCGGUACCUGGACCUGCUCUUCGCCCUACUGGGCACCGCUGCCUUCUUGGUAGACCUGGUCGCUGAUCUGUGGGUGGCCUCCAGCUACAUGCAGGCUGGGCACUGUCUCUGGGGGGGGCUGGUGCUGGCACUGCUGGGCCUCUCCUCCCUGGCCAUGCAGUUCUUCAGCUGGGCCUGGUACCGGACGGACAACAUCGAACAGGAACUUCCCAGUGGCCGCUGCCUGGCUGCGCUGCACCUCCUCCAGCUGGGCUAUCUCUACAGGUGUCUCCGUGUGCUGAGAGCGGGCUGGCGAGCAUGCAGGGUGGAGACCGCACAGGAGCGAGACUACGCUGUCUUCCUGUCCCAUGACAUCAGCAUGCUGCGCCUCUUUGAGACCUUCCUGGAGGGCACCCCCCAGCUCACGCUUGUGCUCUCCAUCGUUCUGCAUACAAACAAGUUGGAGCCUUUCCAGGGGCUCGGGAUUUUCACUGCCUCCCUGUGCGUGGCGUGGUCGCUGCUGGAUUAUCACCAGUCCCUCCGCUGCUUCCUGUUGGACAAGCAUGAGCUGGGCCCGCUCUCCUCCACCAUCUUCUUCCUGUGGAACUUCCUCCUCAUCUGCCCCCGCGUCCUGGCAGUCGCGCUCUUCGCCACGCUCUUCCCGUGCUACGUCGGCCUGCACUUCCUGGGCAUCUGGGCUGCCAUGCUACUCUGGGUCUGGCUGCAGGGCACUGACUUCAUGGAGUGCCCCAGGAGGGAGUGGCUCUACAGGGCCACGGUGGCCGUGAUUCUAUAUUUCUGCUGGUUCAACGUGUCCAAGGGGCAGACGCGGCAGCGCAGCACGAUCUAUCAUGGCUUCAUCCUGGUGGACAGCGUGCUCCUCGCUGGCUCCUGGCUCUGGCACAGUGCCCCUCUGCAUGAGCGCUCUUUUCUGCUCCCUGUGCUUCUCGCUGCCCUGCUCUGCUUCGUGCUCGGGCUGCUGCUGAGAAUCGCCUACUACAAAUGGUUCCACCCCACGCUGCAGGUCCAGAGCCAGGCAAGCUAUGAUGAGGUAGACACUGCAGAAGGACUAGCCGGUUUCCGAGCUGGCCCAGUGCCGGCCCCUGUGAACAGACGGAUGUACCAGCUGUCCCAGAACCACUUCUUGGUCUCUUUGCAGGCCGGGCGAAACUGGGGGAAUGGGGACCUGGACAACAUGCCUCUCUGAGCGCAGCUGUCCCUGCUCCAGGCAGAGGGAUUUACACCUCAGGGAUCUGUGCUGCGGGAUCCCAUUCCGGACCUGGCUCCAGCCAUCUCAGCGCCUGCACUGUGUUCCCAGGGACUGAGCACCACACCUCUGGAAUGGGCAGCCGUCGCAGGGAGAGGAGAUUGGAGCGAGCUAGGCGGGCUGAGGGCACUGGCACGUAGGGCCCAACAGCUGGCAUCCAGCACGGGUAGCUGUGAAGCCUAUUCUGGGCUGGCACUCUUCUAAUGGGACAGGCACUGCAGCGAGUGUCAUGGGAGAAACCCGCUAUAAGAGUGCUGGAUGCUGGACACAUUAACCCUUUAUCCUUAGGCCCCGGCCCGGGAUCCGCUCCGUUACAGGAACUGGCUUCUGCUCUGCACGUUGCCCUGUUCAGCCCCAUCCCCAUUUCCCUGCCAGGCUCUCCCCUGCUUUGUUUCAACGGAGUUCAGUGGGAAACCGUGUGCUCUGUUCUUGGCAGGACCUGCCAGAUUUUCCGUUUGUCUGGAAUUUCUCUGCACCUGUGUUUUUGUUGCUAAUUUCAAAGCUUCCCUGUAGUAGUGGGUGACCCACGGCACCGCACUGGGCGAGGCUUGGAGCCUCUAGGGACGACUUGGCCACUGCAGGGGGUGUUCGUUUGUUGAUGUUUAUAAAGGGAAGGGUAUAAAUAUGUGGUGUUAUAA